AUGCCUGAAAUUGAAUUUUGUCUCCGUGGAAAUAAAAGCAAAAGUUGUGGAUCCGAUAAAAUUCCAUUCAUAUUCUUACAAAACCUACCUUCUAAUGGAAAGUUUCUUCUACUACGUCUCUACAACCUAAUUUGGGAGACAGGCUUAAUCCCGAUUAAAUGGAAAAAUGCAAUCAUCACACCCAUACCAAAAAAUAAUCAAAACAGCUUUAAACCUACAGGAUAUCGACCAAUAUCGGUACUCUGCAGCAUGAGCAAGUUAUUUGAAAAAAUUAUCUACAACCGACUAAGUUGGUACGCAACUCAUCAUAAACUCCUUUCACCAUGUCAACAUGGUUUUCGAAAACACCACUCAACCACCGACUGCCACGUAAAAAUUGAAACCGAAGUCAUAGAAACCUUCGCCAAUAAACAAUCAAUGAUACUAAUAAGUCUCGAUUUACAAAAGGCAUACGACACGGUUUGGCGACAUAGAGUAAUCAAUUUACUAAAGAAUUGGAACAUACAUGGAAACAUGCUAAUCUUCCUAACCAACUUCCUAAACCAACGAUCCUUCCAAGUUAAAAUUAGAGAUCAAACAUCAAAUACUUUCAUGUUAGAAAAUGGAGUGCCUCAAGGCUCUCCACUCAGCAUUUUUUUAUUUCAAACAGCAAUUAACAACCUGCCCAGCAUCAUCACAAACCCUGUAAAAUCAAUUAUUUUUGCAGACGACACUUACAUAUAUAUUCGAGGUACUCAAAUUUCUGUAAUGACCGGAACACUCCAAAAAUGCCUCAAUGACCUGUUUGAAUGGUGCUUCAAAGCCGGUUUCAUUUUUUCGCCUCAAAAGACAAAAUGUAUUUUAUUUUCGAAUAAAAGGAAACUAACCAAACCAAAACUCUUUCUAGGUACAUCUCGUUUACCCUUUGUUGAAGACAUUUCAAUACUUGGUCUCACUUUCGAUAAAAAGCUUUCUUGGAAAUCCCAUAUUAUGUCACUAAAAAAAAAUUCAUAUAAAAGCCUUAAUGUCAUCAAAUCAUUAAGUCAUUGUGAAUGGGGCGCUGAAGGAACCAUAUUAUUAAAUGUGUAUAGAUCGCUCGUAAGAUCCAAACUCGAUUAUGGUUCAAUUUGUUACGGAAACUCAGAAUCAAAGCUCUUACAAAUUGUUGAUACAAUCCACAAUGCCGGACUGAGAUUUUCAAUUGGAGCAUUCAAAAGCAGCCCGAUUGUUAGUUUGUUAUCCUUGACUGGUGAACCCGCACUUCAGCACCGAAGAACUAAAUUAUCUCUUAAUUAUAUAGCUCGCAUCUUUUCUUCACCGGAAAAUUCAACCAUUCACUUUUUAAACAAAAAGCGCUUUUCAAAUAUAUAUGAACACAAUUCUAAACUAAGAAAACCAUUAGGGCUAAGGCUACAAAAAGAGAUGAUGGAUAUCAACAUUGAAAUUAAUGAAAUAUGUCAACGCGAAAGCAGUCUGAUACCCACCUGGAAACAACCAAAUUACCUAGUUGAUACUAGCUUAACAGAACACCUUAAAAAAGAAACACCAAAUACUAUUUAUAAUAACCUAUUUAAUGAAUUAAUACACACUUCAAAUACUAGCACUCAGAUCUAUACUGAUGCAUCGAAAACUGAAAUGGGCAUAGGACUUGCAGUAGUACACCUCAAUGUAACUAAACAGUACAAACUCAAUAAAUUAAGCAGUAUUUAUUCAGCUGAAUACCUAGCAUUAUUGAAAGGAGUUCAAUUUGCCCUAGAUAUCAACAAUACUAAAAUCGAUAUUUGCUCUGACUCACUCAGUGCCUUAGCAAAUCUACAAUCCAAAACCUUAUCAGAACCAUUGGCUCUUUCAAUCAGCAACCUUCUUUCCAAAUCAAAUAAAGAAAUCAGAUUUAUAUGGACCCCAGGUCACUGUAACAUAAAGGGAAAUGAGAAGGCAGACGAAGCGGCUAGAAAUGCAGUCAAUAGUCCAGACAGUGAAAAUAUUCCUUUUUCCUCACUCGUAGAUAUAAAAAGAAAUAUAAACAAAUACUGUAUUGAUUUGUGGAACUCACAGUGGCACACGACCCCGGAAAAUAAAUUGAGAGAAAUUAAGCACUCUGUCGAACUCUGGCCGAAAUACACUGAACUAAACAGAAAAAAUGAAGUAAUUCUCAAUCGACUCAGAAUCGGUCACACGAAACUCACACACGGACAUCUUAUGGCAAAGACAGAUCCACCCCUAUGCCCAACAUGCAAUACAAACUACUCCAUCAAGCAUAUCAUCAUCCACUGCCCAAACUUCAACGACGCUAGAAAAGAUCUCAACAUCCCAGACAACCUGUACGAAGCAAUUGGUCCAUUUUCAAACUUUCAUAACAUAAUUUUAUUUUUAAAAAAAAUUGAAUUGCACAAUACCAUAUAA